AAUGCUACAACGCCUCAGGGAAACGGAUCCUGUGAUGUACCUGCAGUUUCUCGAGCGUCAGGCUGAGAGAGAGGAGCGCAGGGCUGAGAGGGAGGCUGCGCAGAGGGAAGCUGAUCGUCGACACGAACUGGAGAUGACUAGGCUCCAGCAGCAGCGACAGGUUCAGAACCCCGGAUCCCUAGAGCACAGGGAUGCCGCUCUGCCAGUAGCUCCGGCAGCCAAAUUUCCUGUUAUGGAAAAGGACAGUGACAUUGACGUGUAUCUACUGUCGUUUGAAAAAACUUGCCGUCAGUACCAUCUGCCCCCAGCACAAUGGGCCCGGUACCUGACGCCAGGGCUACGAGGCAAGGCCCUGGAUGCUUAUGUUGAACUGUCUGAAGAGCAGGGCAAUGAUUAUGAGGCCCUAAAGGCUGCGAUCAUCCAAAAGUUUCAGCUAACCCCGGAAGUUUACCGGAAGCGUUUUAGGUCCUUGCAAAAAGGGCCUGGGGACUCAUACCUGGAUGUGGAAAGUCGCUUACGCACCACAUUCCGGCAGUGGACUAAAGGCUUGAAAGCUGAUUCUUUUGAGUCCCUGGAAGAUCUUAUGAUUGAAGAUCAACUUUUGCACAUCUGUCCUACAGACGUCAGACAGUUUGUGCUGGAGCGAAAGCCAAACUCGGCUAAAGUAGCAGCAGAACUGGCAGAUACCUAUAUCCACUCUCGGGUAUCUGACCAUCGCAAGGCUCCUCCGAACGGCUGGAAAGGAGGGAAAUCUCACAUGGCAACCCCUCCUCCACCUGCCAACCAAGUCCCUCAGCAGAUGGAACCUGCAGUUCCUGGUGCCAAGGCAUUCCUGACUAAUAAUCGCACAUGCUACACCUGCGGGAAAGCCGGACAUCUCAAGGCACAGUGCCCUGAGCAGAAGAAGCUGACAUCACCUGGCCAUCCGGCCAGCAACCCUUCUGCUGUACUGUGCGUCAGUGGGAAACCUCCAGGAACCAAUGCCAACUUGCAGCCUGUCACCGUAGGCCACCGGACUGUAAUAGGGUUGCGUGACACUGGAGCAGAAGUUACGUUGGUCAGACCAGAGGUGAUAGAAGAAACAGACAUCAUCCCAGAGAAGUUUCUUACCCUCACUGGAGUGGGGGGAACCCUUUCCUGUGUGCCCCGUGCCUAUGUUUUCAUCGAUUGGGGUGCUGGGAGUGGGAUGAGAGAGGUGGGCGUCUCAGAGGAGAUCCCUACUGCUGUGUUGUUGGGUGCUGAUUUAGGUACCCUUGUUUCUUACUACGUCCCUGCUAAGAGCACCCAGGAUGCUCCCACGGAACUCUCUGGACCUACCAAGGUACUGUGUACAGAUGUUGGGGUAAUAUCUGGGCAACCUGUGGAUGGACAGAGGGAGGGGGAGGGUGAAGUUGAAGUGCAAGGUCCUCCUUAUUCAGAAACAGGAGAGGAGACCCCCUUGCUUGGGAAGGUAACUGAUACAGGUUCCAAUGAUGCUGCAAUGAUAAAUGUUAAAUGUGAUGAUGCUGAUGUUGAUGUUGAUGAUAAUGCAUUGCCAGUUUUAGUGGUCACUCGCAGUGCUGCCAAGGCGGCCGAGGUGCAGGCCCUGAUCGCAGAACAGCAGGAGGAGGUCUCUGGGCCCUCUCCCUGUUCUGACCCAGCGGACUCCACCUCUGUUGAGCCUCAGCAGCCGUCCUUGUUUGCCACAGGACUGCUGGCUGGGACUUGUGGUACCGCCUUUGAAACAGCACUGCAGACAGACCAAACACUAGCACAGCUCAGGAGUUCAGCUGAUCGCCCCCCUGCAGAGAAUUGCAAACAAAAGCUCUACUGGGAGAAAGGGAAACUGUACAGAGAAGGUUUGCCUGCAGAGGGGAAUGAAUCUGACACAAGAAGCAGGCAGCUAGUUGUACCCAGUCAAUUUAGGGGACAGCUGCUAAAAGUGGCUCAUGAGAUUCCCCUAGCAGGGCACUUGGGAAUUACUAAGACCCGAGGGCGGUUGAUGCAUAACUUUUAUUGGCCUACGAUGCGCACUGACAUAGCUGACUACUGUCGGUCCUGUGUUACCUGCCAGCGAGUUGGCAAGGUAGGGGAUGUACAGCGGGCUCCGCUAAAACCUUUGCCUGUGAUUGACGAACCUUUUAAGAGGGUGGCGGUGGAUAUCAUUGGGCCUUUGGCCAUCCCUAGCAGUUCAGGCAAACGUUUUAUCCUGACAGUUGUCGACUAUGCCACACGGUAUCCAGAGGCAGUGGCUCUCUCCUGCCUCCGGACAGACAAGGUUGCUGAUGCUCUGCUGGGAAUCUUCACAAGAGUGGGGUUCCCAGCCGAACUCAUUAGCGAUCAAGGACCUCAGUUUAUGUCUGACUUGAUGCAAGCUCUCUGUCUGAAAAUACAGAUGACGCAUAUCGUGGCCAGUGCUUAUCAUCCACAAACCAACGGUUUGUGUGAGCGUUUCAAUGGCACCCUGAAACAAAUGUUGUGCACCUUUGUGCACUCCCAGGGCAAGGACUGGGAACGAUAUCUGCCUCAUCUGCUGUUUGCUUACAGAGAGGUGCCUCAGGAGUCCACAGGCUUUUCGCCGUUUGAACUUCUGUAUGGACGGAGGGUAAGAGGGCCCCUGGACCUAAUCCGUGAGACCUGGGAGGGCAAGAUUGCCGACCCAGAGGUCUCAGUUGUGGAUUACGUUCUAAAAUUCAGAGAUAAAAUGGAGACGCUGGUGGGAAUUGUACGGGAAAACAUGACCAAGGCCCAGACCAACCAGAAACAGUGGUAUGACCGUAAUGCUAGAGAGCGGACCUUCAAUGUUGGUCAGCAGGUGUAUGCUCUGCUUCCCCUGCGGAAGAACAAACUCCAAGCUGCAUGGGAAGGCCCGUACACCAUCACCCAGCGCCUGAAUGAUGUCACCUACUUGGUAAGGUUGGGGGAAGGGAGUAGACGGCAGAGGGCCAUCCAUGUGAACAUGCUCAAAGCCCAUCAUGAGCGCACGGCCUAUGUCAUGCCAGUCUGCAGCAGGCCGGAGCCUGAGGAGGCUGAUCCACUUUUAGACCUGCUAGCUGACAGCAGGGAGGUAGACUCAGAACUCCUGAUUAACUCCAAACUAACCCCCACCCAGGUACCUGGGCUAAAGAGAGUGCUGGCAGUACAUGGUAGCAGGUUUACAGGGAAACCUGGGAGGACGCACCUCGCUAUCCACCAGGUGGACACCGGGACACAUCCACCCAUUAAACAGUCGGCCUAUCGUGUCUCCUUGGAGGUGCUGGCUGACAUGAAAAGGGAGGUGGAGGAAAUGCUGCAGCUGGGGGUGAUUCAGAAGUCCCACAGUGCCUGGGCAUCCCCAGUAGUCCUGGUCCCCAAAAAGGAUCGGACGACCAGGUUCUGUGUGGACUACCGGAAGCUGAAUGCCAUCACCACUGCAGAUGCCUACCCCAUGCCCCGGAUUGAUGAGUUGUUAGAUAGGCUGGCGGCCGCCCACUAUAUAACAAUCAUGGAUCUGAGCAGGGGGUACUGGCAAAUUCCUCUGGCCCCUGAGGCUCGGGAAAAGUCGGCUUUCAUCACCCCAUUCGGCUUGUUCGAAUUUACCGUCAUGCCGUUUGGGAUGAAGAAUGCCCCAGCUACCUUCCAGAGAGUCAUGAAUGAUUUACUGGAGGGGCUGGAACCCUUUGCCGUAGCCUACCUGGAUGACAUCGCUGUGUUCAGCCCUACCUGGGAAGAACACCUGAUGCACCUGUCACAGGUCCUGGACCGAUUGACCGAUGCCAACCUGACUGUCAAACCCAGUAAGUGUCAGAUCGGCAUGAAUGAUGUGCAUUACCUGGGACACCAGGUAGGAGGAGGCACCCUGAAACCCGAGACAGGAAAGGUUGAGGCCAUCCUGGCCUGGCCUAUCCCCCAAACCAAAAAACAGGUUAUGUCUUUCUUGGGGACCGCUGGCUACUAUAGGAAGUUUGUAGGUAACUAUAGCAGCCUGGCCAAACCUCUGACUGACCUAACCAAAAAGAAACUGCCCAAGGUGGUGUCUUGGACACCAGAAUGUGAGCAGGCAUUUCAGGCCUUGAAGGAGGCGCUGGCCAGCGCCCCUGUGCUACAGGCUCCCGACUUCACCCGCCGUUUUCUAGUGCAGACGGAUGCCUCUGCCUAUGGAUUGGGUGCAGUCCUGAGCCAAGUGGAUGAUGCCGGAGAGGAGCAUCCCAUCCUCUACCUGAGCCGGAAGCUGCUUCCCAGGGAAGUAGCUUAUGCCACGAUCGAAAAGGAGUGUCUUGCGAUCGUGUGGUCUCUCCAGAAGUUACAAACGUAUCUUUAUGGACGGCAUUUCACUGUGAUCACCGAUCACAAUCCCUUGAGCUGGCUAAAUCGUGUUGCUGGGGAGAAUGGCAAACUACUUCGGUGGAGCUUAAUUCUGCAGCAAUACGAUUUCACCAUCCAGCAUAAGAAAGGCAGUGCCCAUGGAAAUGCUGAUGGGCUGUCACGACAAGCCGAGCCCGCCGGAGUCGGUUGCGUCAGGAGGGAAAUUGUAGUUCCCUCCCAUGCAACCACCUAAGGGGGGAGGUGUAACGAUAUUGCGCGCUGGACACGCGACUAGCUGUUGUGUAAGAACCAUACAGCAGCCAUGUUGUUUUAAAACAGUAUAAGCAGUGGAAAGAAACUCACUCCCUCCCUCCCUUAUUCUCAGGAAUUCAUAGGCAUUCUACUUCAAAAGAUCUGUUAUCUCCUCCGAGAAACAGAGCAACCCAGGUUUCUUAAUGUCUCCUGGCAGGGUUCCUGGCCUGUCGUAAAACUGUCGUCCUCUCACCUCAGAGAGUCCACAGACCCCUGUCGUAAAUGCCUUAGACUCAUAAACGCUGAAGACUAAGGAAUAAGUAUGAACGUUACACAUGUUUCAUAACUUCCAGCUAACUCAUAGCACAGCCCAACAACAGACAUAUUUAGUUUCCUCAGAUAAUUUGUAACGUUUCGAGCCCAGACAUGAAUAUGAUCAAUCAUACGGAAGGCACCCUGGCCCCAUUUAUUCAUCAUAGGUAGAUUAACCAUGGUAGACUUGUCACGUUUGGACUUUUCUUAAAGCAAAUAUCACGCUCUACAAUAACACGGAUGUUGGUAGUCUGUAACUAUUAGAACUGCAGAGAUAUGAAUAUGUAUCACGAAGUGUACCUGGGUUAUGGGCGUGAAUGUGGACCCUCCCAGUAACCAGCCCCUAAAUCAGAUGACCAGACAAUUGGUUACUGGUCGUGUCAACACCCCUUUUUGAUGGGACAGAAAAGAGGAGAUGCCAAGUCAAGGGAGUUCUCCUUUUACCAUCCAAGCAAGAGCAUCUGCCAAGUUUGAGAACCGAUUACCCAGUUCAUCGAUCGAACUCUGAUCAACCUUGGACAUUAAUUGCAAGUAUUCUUCUUCUUCAAUUCUACCCUAUUACUUUGUCGCUGUAUAUUGUCGCUAUCUCUUUAAAACAUAUUUUUCUGUAACACUUUAUUGCACCAAGUUUGCCCUUUUCGUAAUAAACCUUUUAUGUUGAAAAGUG